AUGGACUCGAGCGCAACGGCGGAAUCCCCGUCCCUCCCCUGGAGGGUACUCUCCAAUACAGCGAUGCUUGGAGUUGCGGGCUUAUGUCGUGGUUUCCUCUCGGCUUUAUGUCACGCAAAAUGCUAUGGGGAAGAGGAAUUCACGGAAUUAUUGGACUCCCGUCGUGAUAUUUCCAAGCGAACGCGAGGAUUGAUUACAGUAUCGAAUCACAUUAGCGUACAAGGUAUCUCACGAAUCAUCCGGAUGCUUCCAUGUAUUAUUUUGCUUACUGGAGAUGACUGUAGACCGCUGUCACUAUUCUUCACCAUGGGACAAGUCUUGCCAACACAUCGUUCUGCGCAUUCCAUAUUCGGUGGCCUAGCUCAACCCGCUAUGACCGAGGCUGUUCGCCUUUUAUCGAAGGGUCCUUUCCCCGUCGACCACCACCGCGCCCUACCGGAAUAUCAGCGUUGGAGCCGCGAAAGCGUCUGCGUUGAUCCUUUCUCGGACCUUGAAGUCGCCUACACAACCAAUGGCCACGAUGCACACCUGGCACCUUCAGCAUAUUCCUGCAACUCGAAUUCAUGGGUUCAUAUUUUCCCGGAAGGCAAGAUUCACCAGUCACCACGGAAGACCAUGCGCUAUUUCAAGUGGGGAAUUGCUCGGCUUAUUCUAGAGCCCAAAGAAUGCCCGGAUGUGGUUCCCAUGUGGAUUGAGGGCUUCGACGAUGUCAUGCAUGAGAGUCGGGAGUUCCCACGUUUCCUUCCUCGGCCGGGCAAACAGGUCAGUGUCACCUUUGGCUCAAAGGUAGACUCAGAGGUUGUGUUCGGAGACAUGAGAUCCCGUUGGCAGAAGCUGAAAGCGAGAGUCGAAAAGAGCUACCCCGAAUCUCGUGAUCUGCCUAUUGGUGUGCUGAGUGAUGAGCUGCUGAAUGACAAGGAAGCCGUGGAGCUGCGCAAAGAGGUCACCUUGAAGAUCAGAAACCUUGUCUUGGAUGUCCGCCGAUCACGCGGAUUGCCCGAUGAGGAUCCGAAGGAAGGCUUGGUAGAUACCUGGCUAGCGGAGGGCCACAAGCGUGAGGGCCACAUGAAGGACGAUUCCUGGGUUCGGGAUAUCUAA